AAAUAAAAAAAAAUUGCUAAACAAAAAUCUAAAAUUGUAAAAUCGGUCAAAAACUCUAUGCACGCCAGUGAAAUAGAACAAAAAAAUUGAAUAUCCUAAACAAAUAUACGUCGCAGAGCGUCGAUCGAGUCGAGAAAAUAUCAAGUAAAAAUGCAUCCUUCCAAAUCCGGCAGCUCCAAGCAAGGUGAGGAAUUGAACAAGAAGGAAACGGAGUCGACCAAGGCCAGAGUGGAAACACCAUUUGACGUCCCGCCUCUACCGGAGGACAUCGACAGCCUGUCCAGCACUGAUAGCGAGACAGAGACAGCCAUUAUGCAAGAGUCGAGAAAAUAUCAAGUAAGAAUGCGUCGUUCCAAAACCGGCAACUCCAAGCAAGGUGAGCCGUUGAACAAAAAGGAAAAGAAGUCGGCCACGGCCAGAGUGGAAACACCAUUUGACGUCCCGCCUCUAUCGGAGGACAUCGACAGCCUGUCCAGUGGCAGCAUACAAUUCAUAAGCGAUUCGGACUAGAGCUGCCAAACUAUCAAUAGUGGGCCCCAUCGAUUGAGGGCGACAAUCUGGCAGAAGGAGGCGAGCACAAUGCUAAUCAAGCGAAACGAAUUUCUUGAAGAACCAUAAAAAUCCACGCUAUUUAUUGUUUCAAUAUGAUGAAAUAAAAACGUCAUCUAGCCUCA